AUGCUCAACCUCAAGACGUUGAUGCUGCUCUCGCCAGAACGGCCAGCCGCAAGACUAUGCAGAUGGGCACACGCAAGCCGAGUCAAGAUGGUUCAUUUCGGCUUGGACCAGCUCACUCGGCCAGGCGAGGACCAGCACGAAGACAGGGAAGCGCACGACACGGAGAGGUUGAUCAAAGAAGCGCUAGAAUUGAUUCUGGAUCGUCGCAAUCUUCCUAUCCUGGUAGUGGACACCUCAGGCGCAAACGAGGGGACCCUACUGCUAGGCUGCUUUCGUCGCUUGCAGGGGCGAAACUUAGCCAACAUUUGCGCAGAGUAUAGAUCCAUCGCUGGUUCCAGGGCCAAGACGACCAGCGAGAGGUUCAUCGAAAUGUUCGACACCGACCUCAUCGCGCUGCCUCCGCCGGACCGCUUGCCCGAUUGGUGGAAUGAGCAGUUGGAGGAUGAUGAGGUGGACGGGAGCGUGUGA